AUGUUUGACUUGCGCGCCACGGUCUCGGACCCGACACGUUUACUACUUCAGCGAAUCGAUGAUCCGAAGAAGAGGGUAGGCGCUGCUUUAUCCCGCUCGGGACUUGCAAGGUUGGCAAGCAACUUUUCAAUUCGUUCAGCUACGUAUAGAUCAUGCAUCGAUUCGAGUGGGGUCGGCAGUAUGCAGACCAAACGUGUCAACCCUCCCUCAUGCACGCAUUGCCGACAUAUCCAUCUCCCUGGAAGACGAAAAACAAUCCAGGUGGCUCAGGAAGACCCUUAUACCUGGGAGCAACCAUGGAGCGAAAUGCCGUUCGAAGACGAAGAGAGGUAUUGUCUGGAUAUCACUUUAGAGGAGCUGGAAGAGAGGUUCGACAGUGGUUGUGAAUUCGCAGCCUAUCUUAGUACCGGUUCCAAAGAGAGCUGGCGCUCUCAGCUGGCGGGGCGCGAUUCACGCUACCCCCCACCGACCAACUUCAUCGGCCACAAGACGUUCGAAGAGUGGAUCCUAUUCGGACCACGGCAAAGACUACUUGUGGUAAGACGGCGCCAACGAUGGCAAGAGCAAGAUACAGCUGCUUCGCCUCGAAAGGCCCAACAUUCGCGAAACUCGGAAGCCCAAUUCGACACUCUGCGCAUUGGAGAAUAUGAUAAGGAAAGUAGUACGCAAGGAUUGGGCUCCCAAAACGGCUGGGGAUUUCUACGUGUCCCGUGGCACUUCUGCACACUUAGAAUAUCUAGCUUGGGCGGAUCGAAUGUGAUUUGGCCUGAGGCCGCAGACUCAGGGAAGCGGGGCAUGACAACGGCAUGGUCUGCUGAGUGGACAAGAUGGGAGACGAAGCGGCAGGAAGGUGCCGGAUGA